GUGGGAAAAUAUUUUUAGAUCAAUCUUUCUGUUGGAGCCUUGCCUGAUUAGCAAAGCCGCCAAGGCAGUCAACGACAAGCCAUAACCAUUGCCCAGUCCCAGGAAUACCAAGUCGAUAUCCUGGCGCUGGUCAAGUCGCUGACGACGCCCACCAUUCUCACCGCCGUCGUUGAGCUUGCUGUGCUCCCUGUCGUCUCUUCACCCACGACCCUUUCAUCAUGAACUGGCUUGCAUCCCUCUUUUCGUCGGGCUCUUCCCAAAAUUCGCGAAAGGGCCAAGCCAUAUCGUCGACACACGAAGCAUUUUCGAUUCCGUCGUCCUCGCCCAUCUUUUCUACCCAUCCAGACGUCGACACCCCAGACCCUGAGACGGCGACCUCUGCCUCGUACACCUAUCCUCCAGCAAGCCCCGGUUCUUACGCAUAUAUCCCGACUUCGUACACUGACAUCCCAGAAGAAAUGGCUCAAAUUCACGUUCUGCAUCUCUGUUGCCCUAUGCAUCAUGACCCUCUGCAUACACCCUUCUCGCCUUCCUCUGCAUAUCCUUCUUUAACCUCUACAUGGAACCGCCUUCGCGCAUGGCUUGCUCGUGAAUACCCGGAACUAGGAGAUACCCUCAACUAUGGCAUUCUGCCAGAGGACCUGGCCCAGAUUGAGAUGCAGUUUGGCUUCGCUUUGCCCUCCGUUGUUCGCGAGUCUUAUCUCCUCGUUGACGGCCAGGAGGCAGAGUCAGCCGCUGGAUGCUCUGAGGGUCUUUUCUUUGGCCUCAAUCUAUUACCUCUCGAGGAUGUAUAUGAAGAAUGGAGAUUUUGGCGCGAGGUUGACGACGAUCCUAUGACUGGCGCUAACGCCAGGCUGCGUGGCGCCAUGCAAUCAAUCCCGCCUAACUGGAUUCGCAAGGAGUACUCUCAACGUGGCUGGAUCCCUUUAAUUGCGGACAAGGCUGGCAACUAUAUAGGCGUCGAUCUUAAUCCAGGCGAAGCUGGUGCUGUUGGACAAGUCAUUGUUUUCGGUCGCGAUUUUGACACGAAGGUCGUUCUUUUCAAUGGUGAUGGCAUUACCGGAUGGGCCAAAUGGCUUGCAAGUCUUGUGGAUGAAUUAGAGAGUGGAGACGGUUUUGAAAUUGGUGCAUCUAAUGACGCUAGUGAUGGAAGUGAAGACGAUAUCGGUUAUGAAAGCUAUUUCUACGAUGGUACCGGUCGGGGCCAAGGCGACGGCGGCGGCGACACAUAUUCCGGUGGUGGUUUACGUUUAACAGGCGAAUAUAGAGGCUGGAGCGUGUUAGAAGCGUGGGCAGAUAGAAGUGUUCGGCGAUGGUUUGACAUUGGUGUGAUUACAGAGACUAUGGACGACCCAGAAAACGGAAAGGCCCCUGAAAAAAUGGACCUCGGUGUAUUGGAGAUGUCGCACAGCUCAGGAGCUGAGGUGCCCAUACCUGUUCUCGGUGAUGUGGAAGAAUCACGUAUCCCACCGAUGGCGUCUAGUAGCACCGUCAACACAACAACUGCACGAAAGACUCCUCCGAAUCUCCCUACAAUAGCUGUUACCAAGCCACCAGUGCCUCUCCCUGUAGAACUACCUACACCUCGGGACAUCGUUUCUUUGCCCUCGCCCCCAGAUUCGACGCAUUCAUCUUUUGACGAAGACCUGGAAGCCGGGCGUAAUCGAAGUAUUCGACAACUAUCUCUUGAGCAAGAGGCAAGCCUCGUGUCUUCAUCAAGGCGAUCUGAGGCGGCCGACGAUCUUUCUGAUCCAAUCGGACCCUACAGUUCUGAUAGAGGAGCCAGAAGUUCUCCUUCCCGCCACACCUCCUCAGGAAAUCUCAGAGCCGCUAUCCUCAUCACCACCCGAUAUCAUGAUCUCUUGGCAGAUUCUGCGCCGGUUUUAACGGCGGAACCCAUACAACCCGUAACUCCAUCAUCACGACCUGAAGCGUCGAACUCAGCAUCAGACCUCAUCAUUGACACGUCUGAUGAGCUGAAACCUGAAACUGAUAGGUUACAGGCACCCAUGAGUGUCGACACUGAUGCUGAUGCGACUGUCCGACUGGUCGGCGGUGGCGGAUCGGGUACGGCGGAGCCUCCACCAGACGCCGAGGAGAAUCAACCCACCGUAGAGGCUGUUGAGUCGGAUGCCGCUUCAAUGAUCUCAGAACCUGGCGUUUCCAGCAGUAAUGCGGGGGAUAAGAAGCACAAGAAAGCGAAGAGUGGUUUAGCUGGCUUGAAAAAACACCUUGGUGGCCUACGGAAAAAGAACUCUGUUAGCAGUGUGAAGGAAAUGCAGGAUUCGACUUAAUAACAUGGGAAGGCGCAUCGUCGUUCUUUUUGAUCUCUUUUCGUGCAUUUCCCUGACUCCAGGAUACGAACUUUGUCCGACACUUGCAUCUUCCCUCAUGACUGAUCACUGUACUGGCUGGUUAAUUGCUCAUCUUCACUCCUUGUCAUUCAUGUAUUCUCGCAUUUCCUUUCGUUAUACCCAUAAUCACAAUAAAAAUACUUCAAACGGUAAGAUGGACAAAUGGACACUCGCAAUAACGCUUUCGUUUUUGAUCGGACUCUUUUAUUUGGAUACAAUUCACUUACGGUAGAUGGCUCUAGAUGAAGUCUUCUUGUUAAGAUUUGGCCGUCUCGUUGUACGACGCGGACCAGCUCAUAAUGCGAUUGUUCACAAAAGUACAUUAUUGUUUUAUGACUGCCUGUGCGAUGGAUUGUUAUUUGAAAAUUGAG